AUGCCUACCAUAACCAUUACCUUGCUUUCUAAAACAGAACAAAACAAUGAGAGUUUAUAUAAAUACAGCAGACAGUUGCCUACUCCUGCAAAAAGUUUUCAACAGCUUAGCAAAGAAUUUCCAUCGAGAAUGUUUGGCGUACCAACACCACCGGAUGCUUUACCGCCACAAACAAGGCUGAAGAAUUUCUUUUUCAUACAAAGGAUGUGUUUCUCAGCUAUUGGUUUGGACCCCACAUCUAUAAAGCGUACAAUGUAUCGACCCUGGAUGACAUUUAUACCGUUGUUGAGUUUGAUGGGUUUACUUGGUCCCAUGGGCGUAUAUGCCUUCAAUUAUUUGCAAAUUGAUUUGGGUAAAGCGAUUACAGCUCUAUCGCCCUUUUGGCAGUCACUCCUAUCCACUGUGAAGUUUUUCGUUUUUAUGGUAAAUCGUAAGAAAAUUGUCGAAUUGGUGCGAAAAGUUUGGUCAUGGACAUUGGAGUCCACCGAAGAGGAACUUAAAAUCAUUGAUGAAGAAAAUAAGGGAGAUGCCAGAAUUUCGUUGUUCUAUUAUUCUAUGGUAAACAUCACUGGCGUCUUGGCAGCUUUAGCUCCCCUGGCAAUAGCGGCAAUUUAUGCUUUACAGGGUAGGAAUUUUAUGGAAUCGUUGGAUGCGCCAUUCAAGGCGGAAUACUUCUACGACAUCAGAGCUUCAUAUAUGGCAUAUAUUCUCUGCUACACCUGGAAUGUUGUGGGCAUACACUACAUACUCAAUGGUGCCCUAUCCAUUGAUACAUUGUAUUCCUGGUGUGUUCAUAAUAUUUCUGCACAAUUUCGUAUUUUAAAUUUACGAUAUCGUCAAUUGUCGGAGAAAUUUAUUGCCCAUCAUGCGGCUGGAAAUCUCAAUGAAAAGAAAUUUUUAGAAUCUCUUACUUCGUGUGUAAACUAUCAUCGGAGGAUUAUUAAAAUGUCGGAGCGUUUUAGUGAAGUCUAUAAGGGUUUGGUAUUCAUUAAAUUUUUGGUUAGUUGUCUGCAGCUCGCAUGCCUGUCAUUUAUAAUUCCUUUGGGUGGAGAAAUUGCCGAUCAAUCGUUUAAUUUGUCUUUUUUGAUAGCAGUGACGACGCAGUUGAUGUUAUACUGCCAUGGUGGUCAGAAAAUUCAAGAUUCGAGCACUUCUGUAAAUGAGGCAAUCUAUGAAUAUUUCCCUUGGCAUGACAUGAGUAUUAAUUCGCAGAAAAUCCUAAUGUUGACCAUGAUCAGAGCCCAAAAACCUUGCGAUAUAAGAGGCAUAUUUUUCACCACCGAUUUAAGUUUGUUCGUUUGGGUGUAUAGAACCGCAGCCUCGUUUAUGACCAUGCUGAUGUCAAUGGAAGAUAAAUAA